AUGGAAUCAAAUCACAAAUCCGGGGAUGGAUUGAGCGGCACCCAGAAGGAAGCAGCGCUCCGCGCACUGGUCCAGCGCACAGGAUAUAGCUUGGUCCAGGAAAAUGGACAAAGAAAGUAUGGUGGUCCUCCACCAGGCUGGGAUGCCACACCCCCAGAAAGGGGCUGCGAGAUCUUCAUCGGGAAACUUCCCCGGGACCUUUUUGAGGAUGAACUCAUACCAUUGUGUGAAAAAAUUGGUAAAAUUUAUGAAAUGAGAUUGAUGAUGGAUUUUAAUGGUAACAACAGAGGCUAUGCAUUUGUAACAUUCUCAAAUAAGCAGGAAGCCAAGAAUGCAAUCAAGCAACUUAAUAAUUAUGAAAUUCGGAAUGGCCGUCUCCUGGGAGUCUGUGCCAGCGUGGACAACUGCAGAUUGUUUGUGGGAGGAAUCCCCAAAACCAAAAAGAGAGAAGAAAUCUUAUCAGAGAUGAAAAAGGUCACAGAAGGAGUCGUUGAUGUCAUUGUCUACCCAAGCGCUGCGGAUAAAACCAAAAACCGGGGAUUUGCCUUUGUGGAGUAUGAGAGUCACCGCGCAGCCGCCAUGGCCAGGCGGAGGCUGUUGCCAGGAAGAAUUCAGUUGUGGGGACAUCCUAUUGCAGUAGACUGGGCAGAGCCAGAAGUUGAAGUUGAUGAAGACACAAUGUCUUCCGUGAAAAUUCUGUAUGUAAGGAACCUUAUGCUGUCUACCUCAGAAGAGAUGAUUGAAAAGGAAUUCAACAGUAUUAAACCAGGUGUUGUGGAAAGGGUGAAGAAGAUUCGAGACUAUGCUUUUGUGCACUUCAGUAACCGAGAAGAUGCAAUUGAAGCCAUGAAGGCUUUGAAUGGCAAGGUGCUGGAUGGUUCCCCAAUAGAAGUGACCUUGGCCAAGCCAGUGGACAAGGACAGCUACGUUAGGUACACACGGGGCACCGGAGGCAGGAAUACCAUGCUGCAAGGAGAAUAUACCUCCCCUCUGAGCCACGUUUAUGACCCUACCACAGCCUACCUUGGAGCCCCUGUCUUUUAUACCCCUCAAGCCUACGCAGCCAUUCCAAGUUUUCAUUUCCCAGCUACUAAAGGACAUCUCAGCAGCAGGCCUCUCAUCAGGACCCCUUCUGUCAGAGAAAUUUACAUGAAUGUCCCUGUAGGGGCUGCGGGAGUGAGAGGACUGGGCGGCCGUGGGUAUUUGGCAUACACAGGCCUGGGUCGAGGAUACCAGGUCAAAGGAGACAAGAGAGAAGACAAACUCUAUGACCUUCUGCCUGGGAUGGAGCUCACCCCAAUGAAUACUGUCUCUUUAAAACCACAAGGAAUUAAACUUGCUCCUCAGAUAUUAGAAGAAAUCUGUCAGAAAAACAACUGGGGACAGCCAGUGUACCAGCUGCAUUCUGCCAUUGGACAAGACCAGAGACAGUUAUUCCUAUACAAAGUAACUAUCCCAGCGCUGGCCAGCCAGAAUCCUGCAAUCCACCCUUUCAUACCGCCAAAGCUAAGCGCCUAUGUGGAUGAAGCAAAGAGGUAUGCCGCAGAGCACACUCUACAGACACUAGGUAUCCCCACAGAAGGAGGGGACGCUGGGACUACAGCACCCACCGCCACAUCCGCCACUGUGUUCCCAGGAUAUGCUGUCCCCAGUGCCACCGCUCCUGUGUCUACAGCCCAGCUCAAGCAAGCAGUGACACUUGGACAAGACUUAGCAGCAUACACAACCUACGAGGUCUACCCUACUUUUGCAGUGACCACCCGAGGCGAUGCAUAUGGAGCCUUCUGA